CUGCAAUCAUAAUUUAAGGGCUCAUAGUAGGAAUAAUGACUAAUGAUGGCUUAGAAACUUGUAUCAUCAACAAUCAAUCUUUAGAAGAAGAAAGUGGAACAAGCCGCGGAGAUGAGUACCCGACUGAUUCAUUGGAUGAUGAUGCAUUUUCAAGCUGUUCAUCAAGCAAAGAUGUGCUCGAGUCAUUUUCCUCAAAAUUGUUACCUAGGAAGAUUUGUUCUGAUGAUUGGGAUUUUAAGACAAGUUCUAUACAUUUAUAUGGUAAGGAGAAACCUGGUUAUGCACUCUGCUUUUCUGACGUUGAAGCCAUGAAGGAGAGAUUUUCAAAGCUAUUUCUUGGUGAAGAUGUUACGGGAGGAUGCAAUGGUGUGCAAACCGCUUUGGCUUUAUCAAACGCUAUAACACAUCUUGCCAUCCCAUCUAAGCAAGAUGGCGAAAACGGAAGAUUACUUGAGAUAAUGACGCCGAAAGCCCGUGCUGACAUUCAUGUGAAUCUCCCAGCUCUCCGGAAAUUGGACUCCAUGCUAAUUGAGACACUGGACUCUGUGGUAAACACAGAGUUUUGGUAUUCAGAAGUGGGUCACAAGGCAGAGGGAAAGAACAAGAUUACAAGAGAGAGCAAAAGAUGGUGGCUUCCUUCGCCUAAGGUUCCCGAACCGGGGCUCUCUAGUUCAGGAAGAAAGAAAUUGGUUGAGAAAGGCAAUGUUGUUUAUCAAAUCUUCAAAGCUGCGAAAUCCAUAAACCGGAAUGUGUUUCUUGAAAUGCCAGUACCUACCAUUGUUAAGGAUGCAUUACCAAAGUCUGGUAAGACAAGCCUUGGGGAUGACUUGUACAAGAUGUUGUUGGCUUCACAGUCUGCUUCGGUAGAUGAAAUCUUUAUGUCUCUUAGUCUUGUAACCGAACGUGCUGCUCUCGAGAUAGUUAAUAGGCUAGAAGCAGCUAUCUAUGCAUGGAAAGAGAGGAGAGCAGAACAAGCAAGCAGUGGUAAAUCCCCAGUGCGAGCAUCUUGGUCACUAGUUAAAGAUUCGAUAUCUGAGAUUAGUCGCUUUGAGUUGCUCAUAAACCGCGCAGAAAGGCUUAAUGAUCAGAUUAAAUACAAAUUCUCUAAUCUCCCUCAGUCAUUUGUUGAUGCCACAAAGAUUCAAUAUGGCAAGGAUAUUGGCCAUGCAAUUCUUGAGGCAUAUUCUCGGAUCCUUGCAAACUUGGCGUUCCGCAUUUUGUCCAGGAUUGAAGAAAUCUUGCAAGAAGAUGCUCUGAGCAACCCCAAUAUUUCUGGCUCCAACGAAGUCGUCAGAACUCCGGAGUCCGGACAGGCUCAUAUACACCAUGAACAAAGCCGAUGAUGGUACAAGGGCUGGUCCUGCCAGAUCCUAAAGUUAGCAGUUUCUCUUUGGGGUUCCAUAGUACGAUGCGUGCCACCUGAAGCUUCUCCUUUGUUCGAAGGGUUUUCGCGUCGAUCCUGCUAUCUUG